AUGGGCGCAUACAAAUACCUUCAAGAGCUUUGGCGUAAGAAGCAGUCGGAAGCGCUGCGCUUUCUUCAACGAGUACGAGCCUGGGAGUACCGCCAGCGCCCGACAGUGCACCGGGCGACACGGCCGUCACGCCCGGACAAAGCGCGCCGCCUGGGGUACCGGGCGAAACAAGGAUAUGUGAUCUACCGGGUGCGGGUGCGUCGAGGCGGACGAAAACGUCCUGUUCCGAAAGGCAUUCAGUAUGGGAAACCAAAGCACCAGGGAAUAACGCAACUCAAGUUUCAGCGCAAUAAGCGCUCGGUCGCGGAGGAACGCGUAGGACGUAAGAUCUGCGCGAACUUGCGCGUGCUGAACUCAUAUUGGAUUAACGAGGACGCGCUUUACAAGUAUUACGAAGUUAUUUUGAUUGAUCCGAACCACAACGCUAUUCGUCGUGACCCUCGAAUCAACUGGAUCUGCCGCCCGACCAUGAAACACCGUGAACUGCGCGGCCUGACCAGCGCUGGAAGAAAAGGAAGGGGCCUGCACCGCAAGGGCCAUUUGGUCAACAAAGCUCGUCCAAGUGUACGUAGCGUCUGGAAGCGCCACAACACUCUCUCUCUUAGACGCUACCGUUAA